AUGGCCCCUGGGAACAGAAGCCACGUGACGGAGUUCAUUAUCCUGGGCUUCCCACAGCUGCAGGGUGUUCAGGUGUACCUGUUUCUCCUGCUGCUUCUCAUCUAUCUCACCACCAUUGUGGGCAACCUGCUUAUCUUCCUGGUGGUCCGCCUGGAUGCCAGGCUGCACACACCCAUGUACCACUUUGUCAGCGUGCUCUCGCUGCUCGAGCUGGGCUACACAGCAGCCACCAUCCCCAAGAUGCUGGCCAACCUGCUCAGUGAGAAAAAGACCAUCUCCUUCUCGGGAUGCCUCCUGCAGAUCUACUUCUUCCACUCCCUCGGGGCCACUGAGUGCUACCUGCUCACUGCCAUGGCCUACGACCGCUACCUGGCCAUCUGUCGACCCCUGCACUACCCAACGCUCAUGACAUCCCAGCGCUGUGCGAGGAUCGCAGCUGGUUGCUGGCUGGGUGGGCUGGCAGGGCCAGUGGUGGAAAUCUCCCUGGUGUCGCGCCUGCCCUUCUGUGGCCCUAACCACAUUCACCACAUCUUCUGCGACUUCCCCCCAGUGCUGAGCCUGGCCUGCACUGACACGUCCAUCAAUGUGCUGGUGGACUUUGUGAUCAACUCCUGCAAGAUCCUGGCCACCUUCCUGCUGAUCCUGAGCUCCUAUGCACACAUCCUGCGCACGGUGCUGCGGAUGCCGUCAGCAGCUGGCCGGCGCAAGGCCUUCUCCACCUGUGCCUCACACCUGACUGUGGUCAUCAUCUUCUACUCCAGCAUUCUAUUCAUGUACGUGCGCCUCAAGAAGAGCUACUCGCUGGACUAUGACCGCGCACUGGCCGUGGUCUACUCAGUGCUCACGCCCUUCCUCAACCCCUUCAUCUACAGUCUGCGGAACAAGGAGCUCAAGGAGGCUGUGAGGCGGCAGCUCAGGAGGAUAGGGGUGAUGAGAUGA